CCUUGGAGAUCAACGUACGUUUAUUGUAAGAAUCGUCUUUUCAAGAGGUGGACGACCCGUGUCAAGCAAAGACGAUGGAGAAAAACAGAUUUCAUCGACGAGAAAAACAAAACCUCAGAAGAAGAACACAAGCCACAUGAAAAGAAAAAGAAGAAGAAAAAAAAACCCCCGUAAGCAUGACAGGGUUUUCCACUGUUUGGGGUAGUUCACACUUUUUUUUUUCUUUUUUCUUUUUUUUUCUAAUCUGAAACCUUUCCACUUCCUACUGGUGACGCAAGCUACAAGCGAGACCAGACGCCUGGCAAAGAGAACGAGCCUUCUUAGUAACUUCUGACUAGUCCUGAAAAUGAGCAGAGGACUUGAGCGUCACCUCAGCGACAACUGGCGUGAUAAGGAGCCCGGCUGUCCGGAAAGCGGAGGGGCCCAGAUAACAAGGAAGCGCUGAGGGACCCUGAAGGGCACCACACUCACCAGCAAGAGCCAGUCCAACGCACCCAUCCCCUUCGGCCAACUUCAGGUUUUCCCAUUUUCCCCACAAGAAAAAUACUGUUGGUUUGAGAUCUUCAGGUCCAGGACAGCAGCAUGGGGCCAUCAGGUGGAACGGUUCUUCAGCUGAUUCUGCUUCCCAUUCUCCUCCAAGUCUACCUGUCUCCAAGUCUCCAAGCCAAUAAGUGUUCCGACACAUCAUCAAAUGAAAGUCUCAUCUGCGUCAAUGACUACAAUAACAACAUCACAUGUGUGUGGAAUAGCACAUGUCACUACACACCAUGCAGUCUGCACGCCUUCAGAAGACCGAAGAAAAGCAGAAGAGGGAGACUAUGGACAAGCGCAUUUCACAACACCUCCUGCGACCUGGAGCCCUUUGACUCCUUCAAACCUGACCUGAGAAGAUGCUCCCUGGUCUUCAGUCACAGCUACGUGUUUCAGACGACUACUAAACAGGAAAUUCAACUGACUUGUAAGUCUCUGAAUUACAGCUUGAGCUUGACGUACGAACCAGUAGGCCACAUAAAGCUUAAACCUCCUGGACGGCCUGAUAUCAAUUCCAGCACCAUCAGCUGGUUUCUGGAGGAUAAGGGCAGAAUCACACAGUACAGCUUUCAGGUUCAGUGGAAACAAGAAGCUCAAUCUUGGAAGGAUGCAUUUCAGAGGGACAAAGCCGAUAAACAAUGUAAUCCAGUCUGCGAAAUCGUGCUGGAUCCAAACUUCCUGGAACGGGGAAAGAGGUACAAGGUACGGAUUCGUGUCCAGCCUGACGAAAACUGGACCACAUCUAUCUGGAGUGACUGGAGCCCCACAGCAACAUGGGUAUCGGCUGUGGGGAAGGGACCUGAUAACCCUGGUACUUUUGGAUGGGAGCGUUUGCUGGGGUUUAUCAUAAGUGCAGCCGUUGUCCUGUUUCUCGCUGUCGUCCUCUGCAAUAGAGACAAAAAGAUCUGGGUUUGCACACUGAAGAGGUUCACGGGCCCCCCCCUACCAAACCCAGGAAAAUUACUACUUCAUGAUGGAAACUUGCAGGUCUGGCUGACCCCUCAGUUUACCAAUGACUCCUAUGUCCUGACACCAGUGGACAUAUGCUCAGUGGAGGUCACCAAUACUGUUGAGUCUAUAGUCGCUCAGGGCUCAGAGGCUGCACUGCCAGGAAAGAGAAACUGGGAUAGCUGCUCCCGGUCAACUAGCUCCAGUGUCUCUAACCCCAUCAGGCCUCCCUUCUGCCCUCCUCCCCUCUCCAUUUGCACUAAAGGAAAUCUGCAGCCCUGUGCGGCCGACUCACCCUACAGGUUCAUUGGCAGUCAAAGCGGAGGAGCAAAGGACAGAGCGGAAGAGCAUGAUGUUGAUAUGGAGAAUUUGAAAUUGCUUUCUUGCAUUGGAAUGAGAGAAGAGUCGGUGCAAGAAUCAUGGGAUGGUGAUCGGGAUGAGAAGCUCCAGCCCCAGCAGUGUGAGCUCCAGAGCCAUGACUCGGGCAUGGGCUGCUCAGAGGUGGAGCAGGUCAGCGAAGCGAGCAUGGAGGAAAUGGAUGAGACAAAUUCACCCAAUGGCCACAGCAAGCAGCUGCAAGAACAGGAUGGAAAAAAGGAGAAGGGAAAAGAAACAGAGAUUAGUCAAAUAUUUGGUGGCAUUUUCAGCCAAGGGUCUAUUCAGGUUUGCUCGGAUUAUGAGCAAAUUGAGAAAAUGCGGGCCCCAUACCCGGUGCUCCAGAGCGCAGAUUCCGGCAUUUCCAAUCAGUGUAAGGAGCAGAAGCUUAAACUUCCCUUGUCCUGA